CCUCUCGUGUACUCUAUCUACAACACCUAUCCGACAGAGUUCAAUCUUUUAAAAACUGGCGUCAGGCAUUAAACCCUCUGCACUUCGUCGCGUGUGCGCGUUCCCCCCAUUCAUUUCGAAUUGUUCCAACCAAGGGUACAUUUCCGGGCGCACGCGAACGCAGCGCCAGAUCCUGCGUUUGACACCUCUCACCUCGUCCUGACGCGAGCUAAGAAGGUCCAGCAUGUCUGAGAAGGAGCUGGGCAAAAAGUGGGACCGGUGCCUGGCAGACGGUGCCAUUAAACUCGGCACUGGACUGGGGUUAGGAAUCGUUUUUUCUGUUGUGUUCUUUAAGCGGCACACGUGGCCGAUUUCACUCGGCUCAGGAGUGGGACUUGGCAUGGCAUAUGCCAACUGUCAGAAUGACCUGAGGUCACAUUAUCUGCCGCACAGAGGGGAGAAGGAGCAAUAGCUGCAAGUCAACGAGGGACUGAAUUCCUUUUUCUUUUUUUAAACUUGUUUUGUUUUGUCUGCGGAAGAGUGAGACUCAACUCUCCCUGUUGAUCAGUCCAUCCCUUGUAUGACUCUGUAUAAUUUGUAUGUGGCUAAUCAGGACAGUAUGUGUAUAUUUAAUAAAAUAAUCUGAACAACCAAAA